AGAAUUCAUCCAUUGAGGUUCCAUAGGAAUGCUUUCUUAGUACUGAAGGCUAUUUGGAAGAGUCGGGGUGCAUUUGGAGUUAAGUUUCUUUUGGGAAUUUCCUUUUGAUGAACACAGUGCGUCGUUUCAUUAUGGAACUGUAAAUGUAAAAAUUAGUUUGUAGUUUAAUGGUAUCAAAAUCAUCACCAAUUCCUAUGAAUGAGUUGAAAAUUCUUUUGGAUGUUUAGUUAUAGCUUUUGAAAAAAAAACCUUCAAUGUGAAUUGUGAAAGUUUUUUAUCACUGACGCAUUGAAAUUGGUUGCCUGAGAUAUUAGCAAUAAAACAGGUUAAAGGUCUAUUUGAUCAAAACACUUGGUCACUCUAAAACAUUUAAGCCAAGAAUACGGCAUGGCCAAAGUAAUAAUUCUGUGUCUAAUUCUUCCUUUAACAUUUGGCGUUAAAUUUAACGUCGAAACCGAAACACUCUUACGGUUGGAAGCUCAGAUAAUUCCGUAUAAACUAGGAUGCAUAUUUGAAAGUGGAGUUUCCUUCCCUAUAGCACUUGAUUACAAUCUGUUAAGGAAAAAACUUCAGGACAACGAAAAUGCCCAAUGUUACCUAAAGUGUCUCGCUAAACGAUUAGGGUUUUACGACUCUAAGAAUCGUACAUUUGUUAAAGAAACCGUAAUGGAGGAAAUGGGCGCAACAGAGGAGGUAUUCCAGGAAUGCUCUGUACGGACUGAGGACGCAGACGACUGUAAGAUAGUAUCCACAGCUGGAGAAUGUAUUUUACAAAGCAUGCAACUACACUUUGGUAAUCUUCAAUUGUUAAAAUAAACAAAAAUUAUAAAAUG